AUGUCAUUAUAUACAAAUUCACCUGAUGUUACAGCAUUUACACUUAUGUUUCAUGAAAUAAAAACUUGCUUUUAUAAAGCACGAAAUUAUAGUUAUCCAUCUGCAUCACAAACACUCAAUGAUGUUAAAAUUGAAAGAAUAUGGAGAAAAACUUUAACUGGCCAGGAUUUUAUUUUUAUGAAUUCAUUGCAUCCUAUAUUCGGCACAAUAGAAUCUCUUCGACAAUUAUCAGCGUGCGAUAAUGAUCAUUAA